CUCCCAAUCCGGCCCAUUGAGUCCGCGUUUCACCCGUCACCAUGGCGCAAAGAGAGCCCCAGUUCAACCAACAGUCGUUGAUCGACACGACGCCGAUGCCCGAUCACAUCCCCAAGGUGCAGGAGAUCGGAGCUACAUCGGCGCCAUUGUACAGUGCGGCGUACUUUAUCGGGGAUAGGUGCAAGGCCUACAAUGAUGAUUUCAUGAAGUGUAAGCAGGAGUCGAAUGGACGGGGUGAGCUCGAUUGUUUGAAGGAGGGGAGGAAGGUUACGAGGUGUGCGGCGAGUGUGAUCAAAGACAUCAACACCCACUGCCUCCAGCAAUUCACCGCUCACUGGGAAUGCCUGGAGAACAACAACCACCAGCUCUGGGAGUGCCGUGGACCGGAAAUGAAGCUGAACAAUUGUGUGUUUGAGAAGUUGGGCCUCAAGAAAGAAAUCCCCGGAACCCCCGAAAACGUCGUCCCCGUGCACUUGCGUCCCAAGCAGAUGUACUCUAAUCAUAUUGGAAAGCAAUGGUAAUCUCUCACUCUCUCCCUUGUUCUUCCCCUCCCCUGUCACAUGCUCUCUGGUGGGGAAUAUGUGGAAGGGAGGGAUGGGGGAAGUAGGGUGGUUUUUGCUGUGUUACUUUGUAUUCAUUCUGGUGUUUUUUCCCUUUUCCCUGAUCAAUCGAUGGAAUGAAUGUGCUUUGUUUGUUGAAUUGUGAAUUGUGUAUAUAUUAGCAUCGGUAGGUAGGUAGGAAUUUUAUGGUUCCGGUGGGAUUAGAUUAUUCUUUGGUUUUUGGUGUCUUUGGUUUCUUAGGGUUGAAUUGGAUGGAUGG